AUGGCGCCCAUCAAAGUCCCAAUCAUAAUCGGUGUUGGGGAGGUCAAGAAUCCGUCACGCCGAAAAGAAGAUGCCGUCGAGCCUCUACAUUUGAUGCUCAAGGCAGUCAGAGAGGCAGCCUCAGAUGCUUACAAUUCCGAUGCACCGGCCAUUAUCUCGUCCAUCGAUAGUGUAAAGGUUGUCGCGAGUUCGACAUGGCCAUACAAGGAUCUGCCGGGGCUAGUGUGUGAAGGACUCGGGAUCAAAAGACACCAUACAGCUUAUAGUGAGCUGGCUGGAAGCGCGUCGGUGGAGUUGAUCGAUGAUACGGCUCGAAUGAUUGCAAAUGAAGAAAUCGAGGUUGGCGUUGUGGUUGGCGGGGAAGCGAUGGCAUCAUUGAAGACAUUUAUCAAAGAUGGCGCAUAUCCGCCCCCUUGGACACCACCAAAAACCACUCAGGUUUACUACGCCAAUGAUACCGACAUGUUAACUGGCAUUGGACGCGCUCAUCGAGUUGGUGUUCCUAUGCAUGUCUACGCGAUGUAUGAGAAUGCUUUGCGAUGGCGAAGAGCGCAGAGCCCCCUCGAGAACCUUGAAGAAUCCUCUUCGCUCUACGGUCGAUUUGCCGACACUGCAUCCCAACACCCGAUGGCGUGGAAUUACGGAAACAGCCCCAAAACGGCAAAAGAUAUCGGAAAUAUCACUAAGAAGAACAGAAUGAUUUGCUUUCCUUAUCCGCUAUUGAUGAACGCCUUCAAUGACGUAAAUCUUGCUAGUGCCUGUAUCAUGACUACCACAGAGUGUGCUGAACGAAUGGGUAUCUCGCGCGACAAGUGGAUCUUUCCACUUGGAGGUGGGAGAGCAAAAGAUUCUAAAGAUUUCUGGAACCGUCCUAAUUUCUACUCCAGCGGGGCGAUAGCCUCGGCUCUCGAUCUUUGUUUCCAGUCGGCUGGCCUCUGCAAAGAUGACAUCGAUCUCUUUGACUUUUACUCCUGCUUCCCAAUCGUCCCCAAAUUAGCAUGCCGCCAUUUGGGCAUCCCUUGCGACGAACCUCCAAAGCCAAUCACCCUAUUAGGAGGGCUCAACUCCUUUGGGGGUGCUGGUGCAAAUUAUUCUAUGCAUGCUGUGGCGGAGAUGGUCCGUCAGUUACGGAAGCUUGGUGGUCUUCCCAAGCCCUCAAACGGACUUAUCCUCGCCAAUGGAGGUAUUUUAACGACUGAGAAUACAAUUUGCCUAUCAACACACGCUCGCAGAGGCAGCGGUUGGUAUCCCACGAGAGACAACAAUCAGAUACCCCCAUCCAGUCAGCUAGCCCCACCUAUCAGCAUACACGCGGAAGGAGAGGCCAUCGUUGAGACAUAUACCGUCGAAUAUGACCGGGAAAAUCACCCACGGCUCGGCCAUAUUGUCUGUCGCCUAAUGAACAAUGGGCACCGUAUUAUCGCAAACCAUGGUGAUAUACCCACGUUGGAGCAGCUUUCCAGCUGGGACACGGAGCCUAUUGGGCGCGUUGGAUUUGUGAAGCGUUCUUCAACAAAGGAGAUGGGUAAGACCAAAAUUCUUGCAACCUCCGAUGAAGACGAAGUCUCUCGUUUCGACUCUAGAGAACUUAGCCAGCGUGCACUCGCGCGGUCUCUGAACGACGAAUAA